AUGAUGUCAUCAGACAGUUAUAAUAACAAAGACAAUAAGAAGUCGAUAAUAGCCGCCCAAAAACCUCCUGACCAGGAACAAGAAGAAGAAGAAGUUACAAAACCCCAGUUAUUAGUUAAUACUGGUAAACAUCCAACAACUACAACAACGACUACAACAACUAGUUCUACACGAUCAUCAUUAUCCCCAACAGCAACCCCUAAAGAUUCUCCCUCUUCACAGAAAAUACUACAUUCGCCAAUACCAACCAAGCCACCACUUGCAAAUCAAUUUAAACCACAAUUAGGUCCAUCUCCAAAAGAACAAACCCCAAAUACAACCACAACCACAACUAUGACAUCAACCGCAAAACGAGAGAGAAUGCCAUCUUUAGUAGUUAAACAAGAUCCAACAUUAAAAUCUUGUUUAUCUAAUUCAACAGAACCAAUAAAUAAAAUUCUACAACAAGAACAGCGACCACGACAUCAAUCAAAUCCUUCAUUAUUAAAUAAUGAAGUACAUCAUUUAGAAAAUCAUCAUCCACAAUUCUUAAUAACUACAGAUAAUAUAAGUCCAAAUAUGCAUGGAUUAAUCGAUUUAAAUAAUCCAGGUCCAUUAAUUGGUGGUGGUGAAAUGGCAAUUGAUGAAAUUACAGGUAACCAGAUCAGUUUUACGCCGAUAAGUCAAGCCGAAAGUAUUUCAUCUAGUAUUGCAUCACCUAAUUCAAAAUCUGAUUCUUCACCAGUUCAUCAAAUUGAUAUAAUAACAGGUGGUGGGGGCCCACCACCUUCAAGAAUGAAUUCUUUAAGAUAUAGUGAAGAUAAAAAAGUUUCAGAUAUACUACGUCAUUCAUAUAAUAAUUCAAGAAGUUCAUCAAUUUGUGGAAUUCCAGGUGUAGGUGCAGGAGAAGAUAUACAAAUGUUUCAUCAACAAAAUAUAAUAUGUGAAGAUAAUAAAAUUCAUUUAUUAUUUGGUAUAACUGGUUGUAUAACAAUUCAUAAAAAUAUCUUUUUAAUAAUUGAAAAAUUAUUUGAAUUAUAUACUCGUGAGAAAUUAGAAAUUCAAAUUAUAUUAACAAAAUCAGCUGAAUUUAUCUUACUGGAUAAAUUAAAUAAAUUGGAACAAUUGGGAGUUAGUAAGAUUUGGUUUCAUGAUGAUGGUGAGAAAUUCUUUUUAACUUCCCCAUUUCAAAAAAUGAUUCUGAAGGUUGUUAAUAAUGCCACCACUACCAGCGCUGUUGCCGCCAAUUUACAAAAACAUAGAUUAACUCCUCAAUUAUUACUGCAAUAUAGUUUAUCUUAUGAAUUACAAAAAUGGACCGAUAUUUUAUUAAUCUGUCCCUUGUCUGCAAAUACAAUGGCGAAAUUGGUUAAUGGAUUAGCUGAUAAUUUAUUAACUGAAGUAUUACAUGUAUGGCCAAUCCCCCACAUGCAACUACAGCCACCACCACCUCCACCAACCCAACAACUACACGCACCCCAACAACAAUCACAAUUACAACCCCAGGGUCUGAAGGUUGAUAUUUCAAUAUUGGAAAAUACAUUACCUUCUCCUAAACCAAUAAUUGCCGUUUUGGCAUUAACAAAUGCCAUGUAUUCCCAUCCAAUAACCAAGAAACAAUUGGUAUUGUUACAAGAAACAUAUCCUAAUAUGAGUGUAUUAAAACCAGUGGAGAAAUGUAUUGAUAUUGAUGGGAAUAUAAGUAUGGGAGGUAUGAGAGCUUGGAGAGAAGUUGUGGAUUUUGUUUCCCAGAAAUUAGGACCUCCUCCUGAGCCUGAAGAUGAUGAAGAUGAACAGGGUGAGGAUGAAGAGGAUGAGAUUGAGGAGGAGGAUAAUACUAAUGAUGGAGAAGAUCUUGAUAAUGAUGAUGAGGAUGAUGAUGAGGAUGAGGAAGAGGAUGAUUCUGAAUCGAUUGAAUUACUGGAGAAUUUUAUUGUUCAGAAAAAGAAAUCAAGAUCAAGAUCUCCGGUGACAACAUUAACCCCACAAAUCGCCCAAUUAGAGAUCCAUAAUGAACAUGAAAGAUUAUUAUCACCAAUACUUACAAAUGAAUCAAAAUUACAAGUAAAUGACAAGAAUGAUGGUAUCAAUGGUGAAGUCCGGCGUAGAAGUAGUACUAUCAGUAGAAAAGAAUUAGAAGAACAUGAAAAACUUGCAAGUGCAAAUGCUUUAUUAAAUACUGGAAUUAGAAUUGUUAGUCCAAGUGGAAAUCUGUGA